UAAGAGAGAAAACAAAAGGCACAACCCAAAUUUUAUUUUCGAGAAGUUCAUCAAAUUAAGAACGUGAGUUAGGGUUUCUUUCUGAGCAGAGGGAGCAAGCGAAUCGAUUCGUCUGAAAGAUGCCGAAGAACAAGGGAAAGGGAGGAAAGAACCGAAAGAGGGGAAAGAACGAGGCGGACGACGAGAAACGAGAGCUAAUCUUCAAAGAAGACGGCCAAGAAUACGCUCAAGUCCUCCGCAUGUUAGGCAACGGCCGAUGCGAAGCCAUGUGCAUCGACGGGACCAAGCGGCUCUGCCACAUCCGCGGCAAGAUGCACAAGAAGGUCUGGAUCGCCGCCGGUGACAUCAUCCUCGUCGGACUCAGGGAUUAUCAAGAUGACAAGGCUGACGUAAUCUUGAAGUACAUGCCCGAUGAGGCUAGGCUUUUGAAGGCUUACGGAGAGCUCCCGGAGAACACGAGGUUGAAUGAAGGGAUUGCUGGUGGGAUUGACGAGGAAGACGAUGGCGGCGCCGAUGAUUAUAUUGAAUUUGAGGAUGAGGAUAUUGAUAAGAUCUGAGUUUCAGAGGGUUAUUUUUGGUAUUCUAAAGUUUGUCUUUUUAAAAAGAAAAAGAAAAAACCUUUACUUAUGUUUCGGUGAAUGGCGUUGUUUGUUGGUAUUUAAUAUUUGGGAUGUUUAUCUUUAAUUGAGAAUUAUGGAUGGUAAGUUUAUGCAACUUACCUUUUUAAGUAUGGAAUUGGUAUUACUUUCUCUUAAAAUUUGACAUGGUUGCUGA